CCCGAAAUCCCCAACUUUCCCCCCUAAAAUCCCUAAUUUCCCACAUCCAAGAAAGAAACCCAGAAGCUUAUUCAACUCUUUGUUUCUUCCCAACUGAAGCCAAGUUAGUUCUUGUUUUUUCUUCGUCUUAAAACUCUCAAAUUCCAGCAAAGGGUUUUUGGUUUUAGAAUCUUCGCGACGCGGCAGACGGUGCCGUACAUGUGCUUGCGAGAGAAAUGGCAAUAGAUACUGAGCAAAAGUCACCCACCGAUGGCAAAGUUUGCGGAAUUUUUAAGCUGCCUUUUCGCCAAACCGGGAAUAAUACCAGAACGACUCCAUUUUCUUUUUCAGCGUCUAAUUUAUACGUUCAAACUCAACCUCAUGCCAAAGGAUCGAAUCAUCACGGCUCUGCCAUUUCAGUUUCCUCCGUUGCAAAGUCGCUUUUGCCGAAUUGGCGUCGGCUCAAACUUGAUCCAGCUAAUAAGCUAUAUUUUCCAUAUGAACCUGGCAAACAGGUGAGCAGCGCAGUCAGGAUAAAAAACACAAGCAAGUCAUAUGCAGCUUUCAAGUUUCAAACAACUGCACAAAGAGCUGUUUCAUGCGCCUUCUGGGUGCCAUUCUAACCCCCGAUGAGAACAUCAUAGCAACGGCCUAUGAGCAUGGUCUUGCCAGGUGUUGUUGGGUUUAAACUAUUAGGAAAACUGAGGGAUGGUGUGACGGCUACUGAUUUGGUGUUGACAGUUACUCAAAUGCUAAGGAAGCAUGGGGUUGUUGGCAAGUUUGUGGAAUUCUAUGGAGAAGGCAUGGGUAAAUUGUCAUUAGCUGACCCUGCCACCAUUGCCAACAUGUCUCCUGACUAUGGUGCAACCAUGGGAUUUUUCCCUGUGGCUCAUCUCACUCUGCAAUAUCUACAAUUGACUGGCAGAAGUGAUGAGACUAUUGCUAUGAUAGAAUCCUAUUUACGGACUAAUAAGAUGUUUGUAGACUACAACGAGCCUCAGAUUGAGAAAGUAUACUCUUCUUACUUGGAACUGAAACUUGAGGAUGUUGAACUCUGUAUAUCAGGGCCCAAGAGGUAAAUAAUUCAAGAGGUGCCGAACAUAGCAGGGAUGAUGAAGAUGAUUCUGUUGCCAAGAUGAAGGUAGCUGAAGAAGCCUUGGAAGCAAAACAAAAAGUAACAAAUAGCUUGUCUGCUACCUGUCCUUUUUUUUAUUUAUCAUGUUUUAUAAUUUUGUGACAAAUUGUUCUUGGUACUCUGAAGAUAUUUAUGGCAAAUUACCCUAUGAUUCUAUUGUAUUUAUACUGCAUGGCUGCACCAUGUAUUUCUUAACUAGUUUGAUAAA